CUUGACUUUUUGCUUAGUUAUUCAAUUUUCGUUGCUUCUGUCAAACUCAGAUGUUUUUUCCCGGUGGGUGUGGUAUUGAGCCCAGCGGUGUGAGACCGAAAUUUAGGGCGAGCGGACCUGAGAGUGCUUCAAGUGCGUGGAUACGCUAGAACGAAACCCUCCUUUUUCUUCGCACAUAACCAUGAAGUACAGUGCUGACGUUAGCUCUUCGCGCAGAAAGAGCAGAAAGGCUCAUUUCACCGCUUCCUCGACCGAGCGUCGUAAGAUUAUGAGCUCUGCUCUCUCCAAGGAGCUCCGCGAAAAGUACAACACCCGUUCCAUUCCCGUUCGCAAGGACGACGAAGUUUUGGUUGUUCGCGGUUCCUUGAAGGGCCGUGAGGGCAAGGUUGUCCAGGUCUACCGUAAGAAGUGGGUCAUUCACAUUGACCGUGUCAACCGCGAGAAGGUUAACGGUAAGAGAACAGCCGUCCAAAAAAGCAAAUCAACAGCUUAAAAUCAGCAAAAGAAAGAAAUAUACUUAAAUGUGGUAAAUGGAAAAUUGCAGGUGCCUCCGUCCCCAUUGGUGU